AUGACGAGAACCGGCCCUACAAUUAAUCCUAUCUCGUGGGACACCAAGCCUAUUGUCCCGGAUGAUGGCAGCCGAAUUGACUCGGUCGCGUGUCAAGAUGCGAGGCCAAAAGGGCGCAUCCGACGAUCAAUGACUGCUUGUAAUACCUGCCGCAAGCUGAAGACUCGCUGUGAUGUCGAUCCCCGUGGUCAUUCUUGUCGUCGCUGCUUGUCACUUAGGCUGGAUUGCGAGCUCCCGGAGACAACAGAGCGGUUCCAGGACAAUGCAUCAACCUGGUCCGACGCCACCGCUAUACCAUCGAUCGAAGAACGGCUUGUCUCUCUCGAACGAGGCAUGGGGGAGAUGAUACAUCUGAUGCGGCAGAUGGUGAACCGCUCCCCCAGCAUGCCCUGCAGCCCCACCUUACAAACUAGAAACCACAGCAUAGAUGGAAUAUCUUCAAGCGAUAGCAUGUCCUCAUCUUUCUAUCCGCUCAAGCCAGCGCAACUCAUUCGAGACCUGCAAGCCGAAUGCUUCGGCGAGAGAGAUCAAUUAUCAGAUGCCGACAUUCUCGGAGAUAUCGUCACCCAGGGCAUCGUAGAUUCCAAGCUUUCCAUGAAAUUGAUUGAACUUUUUGUCGAAUAUUUCGGCCAUUGGGUCUCAAUAAAUCAUCCGUCCAGCAUUCAACGGUCAAAUACACUCCUCUUCAACACCGCAUGUCUCUUGGCUUCGCGCUAUCUGCCUGGCCUACCACAACACACUGUCCGCGAUAUCUCACUUUGUGUACAACAUGCCGUGGCGAAGGUGCUGUGGAAGCCCCCGCCCAUGACAAGCGAUAUGCUGCAGGCGUUGACAUUGCUCUGUCUAUACUCUACUUCCAUUCACAAAGAAGGACUCAUGGACGACUGGUUGCUGAGCGGGAUCUCAAUCAACCAUGCGCUCAUCUCAUUUAACUUCCUGAAUACCUUGCCAGGAGAUCGUUUAAAUCCAGACGAGCUACUUGCCCAGUUGCGUCUGUGGAAUACACUCUGCGCAACCCAGCUACACUCUGCCCUCGCAAAUGGCCGCACCGUCAAUAUCCAACAACAAUACAUCGACCAAUGCCCCCGAAUCCUAGAAUAUGCAGCCGCCACACCAGAAGACGGGAGAAUUGUCGCAGAAAUCCAACUAUACCGCAUCGCCCUCCGACUUCAACACAACCAGCACCGUCUCCGAUUCGCAGAACCCGAAUACGAAGAAUUGGAGCGCUGGAAAUUGGAAUGGGCACAUCUUCUAACCACCAGCGAAGACUCAACGCUCAACCUAAGUUUCUGGUUCUGCCAACUCCUCCUCCACCGAACAGUCGCCCGCCUCCAACCGGACAGCGAGCGCCUCGUUCCAGAAAUAUGCGGCACCGCCCGCCUAAUCAUAACCCAAUUCCUCCAAACGCGCUUCACCUCCGCACCCGCCUUAAUCGACCACGUCUACUUCAUCGUCGGCUACGCCGCGCUCACGCUCUGCGACUACACGCUCACCGACCCGCUAAUCAGCCAAGUCCGCGGCUUCCUACUGCACCUCGCCCCCGGCGGUGACAACCUCUCCUACCGGAUCGCGUGUAUUGUCGGCGAAGUGCAGCGGCGGUACUCGGAGGCGAGUGUUGUUACCGCGGGGUCGCAUUCGUCGUCCCCGGUUGCGGAGGUUAAGAGCAUGCAGAUGUUCGGUCCGUCGAGCCAUCAUCGUACCGGCAUGGAUAUCUCGCAGCUUAUGUCUAGCUCCGAGGGCUUGGAUUCCCUUGUUGAGGGGUAUAACUGUCUUGAGCAGAUGAUGCCUGGGUAUGCGGCUCCGCAGCCUGCGUUUGAAGCUCCGGAUUUGUUUCAUCAUUCUCCUCCGACUGGUGUGACUGGUGGGGCUAUGCCUAUUGGUCUGGUGCCGAGGGCAUUACAUGAUUGGUGA